CUAAACUGACGCUUGUUUGAUGUUUGUUAUUUGAUUACAACGAUUUUAAAAGUUUGGGUUCAUUUAAUUUCAUUGGCAAUAAAAGCCGUGUAUAGUUAUCACAUUAAAGGGAAAAAUUUCUCUGGAUAUAAUGGUCGUUCAUCCUACAUUUUAUGACGUUACAAUAAUUAGAUCACCAGCCUAUGGUCUUGGCCUAGGCAUUUCUGGUAUUCACGAUUCUACAGAUUCGUCGACAAAAUUUAUAGUUUCGGAUGUCAUUAAAGGGGGUCCAGCCUAUGACAAAGUUAGUAAGGACGAUGAGUUGGUGGGUGUCAAUGGACAUAGUUUGUGUGGAAUGAAGUACUCGGAGGCAAUAAAGAUUUUACGAGAAUGCGGUGAAGAGGUAGAAUUACGACUGAUAAGGCACAAGGAGCAUACAGAAUUCUGCGACAAGGCUUCUGAUUUUGUGAAUGACAAUAUGAGUCGUCAUAACUCUUCGUUGUUAAGAAGACCAUCUCACUCUGAGUAUUGUGCAUCAACUUCUCAAAACUAUGACAUUCAUACAAUGAAAUAUCGUAGUGACACCGCUUUAUGGAAUAAUUGCCAUCAGUCCACGGAAUAUUUCACAAGGAAAUGUCCGAAACUUGUGGAAGUAUAUCUUAAAAGAAGAGACACAGGAGAAAGCCUUGGUGUAGAGCUUUUGAGUCGUUUAACCAUAGCUUCUGUCGAUGAAAAUAGCAUGGGAGCUCGAGCUGGUCUGAAACGCGGUGAUCGAAUUGUAACGCUUAAUGGGAUUAAUGCUGCUCAUUUAAGUCUUAUUGACACUGCGAAUAUGUUACGUCGUCAAGAAACUGUACUUCUGGUAGCUAGAGAACCUGAUUUAAAACAAAAUCACAUAUAUCAUAAUAUGGAUACAAUGCCGUUAGUAAAUUCAUCGAGUGUUCCAGCUGAUCUUUCCGGUUUGCUAAGUCAUCAUCAGUCAAUGGUUCCAAUGUUCCCUUCACAUAGUGCCUGUGAAGAUAAAACAGCAAUGAAACAUUUGGGACGAACAAAUCAGAUUGAUAAUCAUAUCUAUCAGAAUUUUGGACAACGCUGCAAAAGUUGUGAAGUGACAGGCUAUAAUAAUGCAUUUUGUGGAUGUGGUACAGUGUGUGUCAAUGGUCCUCCAAGUUCAGUCAUUUCUCAAGGCGAUAUUUCAAAUAUUUGUGGCGAUCAAUGUAAAUGCAAUCAUAAACAAAUUUAUAGUGUUUCACAAAUGAAAGCUAACACAGUGCAUGAAUCGAAUCCUAAUUUGUUAUGGUUGAAAAAAUCUAACACUCAAACACCACCUUUUGAUGAACAAAAUGGUUGCUUAGAUUAUCUGAAAGAAGAUGCAAAACGAGCAUUUAAUGUAUCGCAGUCACCGAAAACAAGAAAAGUGAUACUUCGUUUCAACAACAACAUUAAAGGUGAAAUUGGUUUAAUUCUAAUUGGAGGAAAUAAAACAGGGAUAUAUGUAGGCAAAGUGAUACCUGAUUCUAUAGCUGACCAAGCAGGUGUUGGCGAAGGAGACAAACUAAUAAAGCUGAACGGUACUGAUUUAAAAGGUUGGACUAAAGAGGAAGUAUUUCUAUCUUUAAUGGCAAAUGAAGAUAAAUUAAUACUUGAACUACUCUACGAUCCUUUAUCAUAUCAAAAGAUACGUGACAGUGAAGCUGUUCAUGAGAGUUUUCAUGUGAGAGCCAACUUUAAUAUGAAUCAAUAUGUGUCAGGUUCAUCAGCACUAAUAUCAUCGAUAAAGUAUUCAGGUCUUUGUAUCCUGAAAGGUGAUAUCUUUCAUGUACAAGAAACACUUGUAGAUGAUGCACUUGGAAGUUGGUUGGCAACCAAGGUUUAUCCGAAUACUAGUGACAUUGGCUUAAUACCGAAUGAGCAAAGAGCCCAACGUUAUAUAUCAGCUAAUCAACAUCAAGAAAACCAACAAACAGCAUUUACUUUACCACCAUACGAAAGAGUAGUACAGUUGGAUAAAUUUCCUUUCCCUCGACCAGUUGUUAUAUUUGGUCCGCUGUGCGAACUAGCACGUCAACGUCUUACACAAAUGUCAUCUAUAUCAUCAGCAAAAGUUGACUAUUUUAUUGAAGAACCAGUUAAAUUCAUUGUCCCGCCAAUUAAUUCAGCCUAUUCAAACAAUACUGGGAAAAACUAUCCAAUAGAUGAAGAGAAUAACAACAAGCCUUAUGGUUUGAUUAGACUAAGCGCAAUCAAUGAAUGCAUGAAAAGAGGUUACCAUUGUCUUCUAGACAUUGGUCCUGCAGCUAUUGAACGCCUCAUUCUUCUUGGAGUACCACCGAUAGUUAUAUUGAUUAAUCCAGCCUCAAAAUCUCAACUAAAAGAUUUAUUGAAACACUACUGGCAAUUCAAUAAAAAUUCCGCUGCCUUGUUCAUUCCAUCGAAAUUAGGCAGUCGUACACGUCCUACAAUUAAAGAGAUGGUCACUAUACUAUGGAAUUCUGUACUUCACUUACGUCAGUAUAAGUCGUAUUUUAUAACAGAUACUGUACCAUUGUUACCUGUAACUUCAAAAAAGAAUUCUUUCUCAGAGGUUGAAUGGUUACGUAAUCUCACUGAAGUAAUAAGACAUCAUCAAAAUUCACCGGUGUGGAUUGGUGAAGAAACAGAAAUAGGACAGUUGAAAGUCAAUGAAAUACUUGAAGACGAUGAUAUGCUUACAAAAGAGGAUCCUGAGACACCUAGACCUGGGUUAUGCAAUCAAACCGUUGAUAAUCUUGACUACGGAAAAGAAGUAAGAAAAGAAGACAUCAGUAAUAAUAAUAAUGCAAAGAAUGAAAGUCAUUCACAAGUGUGUCCAGAUAAUGUUUAUCCUAUCACUUCUGGCCAAUUACCAAUGUAUCAAUCGAAUGAAACAAGAUAUACUCAAAGAAAUGUUCCAUUUAAAUCAACUAAUGAAGUAAAAACAAAAAGUUCAUGUGAUUGUAAAUGUGGUUGUGACAAUAGAAAUUCAGUCAAUAAAGAAUCAUUUCAUCUCAGAGAGAUAAAUGAACAAAAAGAUGUUUUAUCCUCGAUAAACUUUCCUCCGCUAUCGUUAGAAACAUUGAAAUUACACAUUGAAUCAACUUCAAUAAAAUAUCCUCAAGUCGAUCAAUCUCAAUAUGAAAACAAACACCUCCCCAGUAAUAUACACUCUGUAAACGAAACAGAACCAGUUGACAGUCAAACACCAACAAUAAGUCCAACUUUAUCUUUGCAUCAAUUGGUUUUUGAUGACAAUACAUCUUCAGACUGUCGGCCAAGCGAUGAGCAGAAACUUCAGUCAUACGAUGUAAGAAGUAAUACACCUGACCCACAUUCUGUCCUAUCAUCAAUUGCUACAUCGCCGAGAACAAUUCUGGCUGAAAAGCACGGUGAGUUCGGCUCAGAAGGUGGCAUUUUAGAAAUACCCGAACAUAAAGUCUGUCUUAGAAUACCUGCUGGAGCUAUUUCAAAAGAAGAAGAAAUGCAAAAGAUAUUUCUCCGGGUCUAUGAUAGUGCAAAUGAGCUACCUUUGGAUGAUUUACACUCAGAAUCUCGUCUGUGCACAGAUAAACCUGUACUGGUAAGUCCAAUGGUUAUGUGCGGUCCUCGUGGUCUAAAAUUUCACAAACCAGUAGAAUUAACCGUUCCACGUUAUCCAUUGGAUUCUGAAUCGAGUGAUGAAUCAGAAACAAAGCGUGAUCAGCAUUUAGAAAAGUGGAAUUUAUCCUUGUUACAUGCUUCCGCCAUUUCUACAUCAACAUCUGCUGACGAAGAUUCUCUACCUAGGACUUCACGUUCAACUGAGCCAACUAAAUGGCAUGAAAUUCCAUUGAAUACUAAAAGUGAAUCAUCUUUAAAAAAGAAUAAACUCAGUCUUGAAGAACAAAGGAGUAGAAAUGAUCAAGGAAUACUUUCUAUUAUUAAAGAUUCACAAAUUUCAAUCCUUAUAGAUCAUUUCUAA